AAUUUAUGGAAAAAAAAUAAUAAGAAAAAAAGAAAGGACCCCAAAAAGACAAACGUCCUUGGCCAGCAGAUCCGAGAAAUGCGUUGAUGAGUCCCUUCUUUAUAUACAUAUACAUAUAUAUUUUCCACAAAUAUAUAUCUAGGCGUCUCUUUCUCAUUAAUUAUUUCUACACUACCACCAGCUGAAAUUAACUAACAUACAUUAUGGUGUUCAAAAAGAAAUGAAGGAGCGUCAACGAUGGCAGCCUGAAGAAGACGCCCUCCUCCGUGCUUACGUCAGCCAAAACGGCCCAACCCAAUGGAAUCUCAUCUCUCAACGCAUGUCCAAACCCUUAGACCGUGAUCCUAAAUCUUGUGUUGAGCGUUGGAAAAACUACUUAAAACCCGGUAUCAAAAAAGGCUCCUUGGCCCCACACGAACAAUCUCUAGUCAUCUCUUUACAAGCUAAAUACGGUAACAAGUGGAAAAAAAUCGCUUCUCAAGUCCCUGGCCGUACCGCCAAACGUCUCGGCAAGUGGUGGGAGGUUUUUAAAGAAAAACAGCUCAAAAAAAACAACGCAUCCGGUGGUUGUUGUUCUUCUCCUGAAAAACCGGUCCAAGGUACUUACGACCAUAUUUUACACACUUUUGCUGAGAAAUACGUUCAGCCGUAUUUGAUGAAUCCCACAAUAUUGUCUGAUAUCAAUUCCCCAAUUUUAUCUCUUGGCUCCGGAUCCGGGUCGGGUCAUGUGCCUGAUCCUAAUGUGACGUCGUUGCCUGGACCUGUGGCGUUGCCACCAUGGAUGAAUAUGAAUGCUGGUGGUGGGAAUACUAUAACAAUGACGUCAUCGUCUUCUUCAAAGUCAACAACGCCAUCUCCUUCGGUUAGCCUGACGUUAUCUCCUUCUGAACCGGUGGUGUUGGACCCGGUUCAUUCCCGGUUUUUGCCGGUUCAGCAAGUCGGGACUCUGGUUCAUUACUGUAAAGAGGUUAAGGAAGCUAGGCAGAACUGGGUUCAGCAUAAGAAAGAGGCCACGUGGCGGUCGAACCGGUUGGAGCAACAAUUAGAGGCCGAGAAAAACCGGAAGACCAGAGAAAAGAUGGAGGAAAUUGAAGCGAAAAUUCGGAGUUUAAGAGAGGAAGAAACGACGUCGUUAAUGAGGAUGGAGAGUGAGUAUAGAGAACAAUUGAGUGCUUUACAAAGAGAUGCACAAGGAAAAGAAGUGAAGUUGAUGGAGGCUUGGAGUAAUAAGCAAAUGAAGUUGAGUAAAGUUGUUGAACAAAUCAAUGGUGGCUUAAUUCAACAUCAACAUAUGAUUAGUGGAACUAAUCAUAAUCAUCAUCAUGAGUUAAGUUAAGAUUAAGAUGAAUAAUGGUGGAUUAUGUUUCAUUUUAGUAUGCAGAAAUUUGAGUUUAAGCGGGUGUUUUUAUGAGAUGUAACGAAUGCAUGGAUAAUUAAUCUUAUAAUUUUGUUUUUCUCUUAA